GCGUGGUCCAGCCCGCCGAGGGGCCGCGGCGGGGGACCAAGAGGGCCUCGGCUGUGUGUGGACGGGAAGCGGCCGAGGCCCAGGCCGGUUCCCCCGAGUCGGCGGCGGCGGCGGCGGCUGCUCCCGGCACUUCCUCGCGCCAUCUUAGCUGAGCCCGAGCUCUAAGGGCGCCUCCUCGACCCCGGUCGUCCCCACCCCCCCCUUGCCCCUUGUCGCAGAGCUUGGGCUGGGCGGCUCUUUGGGGCUGGGGGGGGGGGACCGUCUGUCGCCGGACCCCCUCCUCCUUGCUCCUCGCUCUCCAGCGUAACGGCCACCGGAGCGCUGCGGGGGGCUGCCUACUCCGCCCCAGACCUGUCGGCGAAAGGUAGUUUGCCAACGUGGCUUCAUUCAUACAGAUGAACCAAGGAUUGGGAUAGCAGUUUAUAAUUAGAAUCAGACAGCUGACUGCCCAGCAGGAUGCCAUCAACUAACAGAGCUGGCAGUCUAAAGGACCCUGAAAUUGCGGAGCUCUUCUUCAAAGAAGAUCCAGAGAAGCUCUUCACAGAUCUCAGAGAAAUUGGCCAUGGAAGCUUUGGAGCAGUAUAUUUUGCACGAGAUGUACGUACCAAUGAAGUGGUGGCCAUCAAGAAAAUGUCUUACAGUGGAAAGCAGUCUACCGAAAAAUGGCAGGAUAUUAUUAAGGAAGUCAGGUUUCUACAAAGAAUAAAACAUCCCAACAGUAUAGAAUACAAAGGCUGCUAUUUACGUGAACACACAGCAUGGCUUGUAAUGGAAUAUUGUUUGGGAUCUGCUUCAGAUUUACUAGAAGUUCACAAAAAGCCAUUACAAGAAGUGGAAAUAGCAGCAAUAACACAUGGUGCUCUCCAGGGAUUAGCCUACUUACAUUCUCAUACAAUGAUCCAUAGAGAUAUCAAAGCAGGAAAUAUCCUUCUGACAGAACCAGGCCAGGUGAAACUUGCUGACUUUGGAUCUGCUUCCAUGGCAUCCCCUGCCAAUUCUUUUGUGGGAACACCAUAUUGGAUGGCCCCAGAAGUAAUUUUAGCCAUGGAUGAAGGACAGUAUGAUGGCAAAGUUGAUGUAUGGUCUCUUGGAAUAACAUGUAUUGAACUUGCGGAAAGGAAGCCUCCUUUAUUUAAUAUGAAUGCAAUGAGUGCCUUAUAUCACAUAGCCCAAAAUGAAUCCCCUACACUACAGUCUAAUGAAUGGUCUGAUUAUUUUCGCAACUUUGUAGAUUCUUGCCUCCAGAAAAUCCCUCAGGAUCGUCCAACAUCAGAGGAACUUUUAAAGGAGCAAGAUCAUGGUGUUGGCAGGACAGGAACAGUGAAUAGUGUUGGAAGUAAUCAGUCUAUUCCCAGUAUGUCUAUCAGUGCCAGCAGCCAAAGCAGUAGUGUUAACAGUCUUCCAGAUGCCUCAGAUGAUAAGAGUGAGCUAGACAUGAUGGAAGGAGACCAUACAGUGAUGUCCAACAGUUCUGUCAUCCAUUUAAAACCGGAGGAGGAAAAUUAUAGAGAGGAAGGAGACUGUAGAACAAGAGCAUCAGAUCCACAAUCUCCACCCCAAGUAUCUCGUCACAAAUCACACUAUCGUAAUCGAGAACAUUUUGCAACUAUAAGGACGGCAUCGCUGGUUACAAGGCAAAUGCAAGAACAUGAGCAGGACUCUGAGCUUAGAGAACAGAUGUCUGGGUAUAAGCGAAUGAGGCGGCAACAUCAAAAGCAACUGAUGACUCUGGAAAAUAAGCUAAAGGCUGAAAUGGAUGAACACCGCCUCAGAUUGGACAAAGAUCUUGAAACUCAGCGUAACAAUUUUGCUGCAGAAAUGGAGAAACUUAUCAAGAAACAUCAGGCUGCUAUGGAAAAAGAGGCUAAAGUGAUGGCCAAUGAGGAGAAAAAAUUUCAGCAACAUAUUCAGGCCCAACAGAAGAAAGAACUGAAUAGCUUUCUGGAGUCCCAAAAAAGAGAGUACAAACUUCGAAAAGAGCAGCUUAAGGAGGAACUGAAUGAAAACCAGAGCACCCCUAAAAAAGAAAAGCAAGAAUGGCUUUCAAAGCAGAAAGAGAAUAUACAGCAUUUCCAAGCGGAGGAAGAAGCUAACCUUCUUCGGCGUCAGAGACAAUACCUAGAGCUGGAAUGCCGUCGCUUCAAGAGAAGAAUGUUGCUUGGGCGCCAUAACUUGGAGCAAGACCUUGUCAGGGAGGAGUUAAACAAAAGACAAACUCAGAAGGACUUGGAGCAUGCAAUGCUACUGAGACAGCAUGAAUCCAUGCAAGAAUUGGAGUUCCGCCACCUCAACACAAUUCAGAAGAUGCGCUGUGAGUUGAUCAGAUUGCAGCAUCAAACUGAGCUCACUAAUCAGCUGGAAUAUAAUAAACGAAGGGAACGAGAACUAAGGCGAAAACAUGUCAUGGAAGUUCGACAACAGCCUAAAAGUUUGAAGUCUAAAGAACUCCAAAUAAAAAAGCAGUUUCAGGAUACCUGCAAAAUCCAAACCAGGCAGUACAAAGCAUUAAGAAAUCACCUACUGGAGACUACACCAAAGAGUGAGCACAAGGCUGUUCUGAAAAGACUCAAGGAGGAGCAGACCCGGAAGUUAGCAAUCCUGGCUGAGCAGUAUGACCACAGCAUUAAUGAAAUGCUCUCCACACAGGCUCUGCGUUUGGAUGAAGCACAGGAAGCGGAGUGCCAAGUUUUGAAGAUGCAGCUGCAGCAAGAAUUGGAGCUGUUGAAUGCAUAUCAGAGCAAAAUCAAGAUGCAAGCUGAGGCACAACAUGAUCGAGAGCUUCGGGAGCUUGAACAGAGGGUCUCCCUCCGCAGGGCACUCUUAGAACAAAAGAUCGAAGAAGAGAUGUUGGCUUUGCAGAAUGAGCGCACAGAACGAAUACGAAGCCUGCUAGAGCGUCAAGCUAGAGAAAUUGAAGCUUUUGACUCUGAAAGCAUGAGACUAGGUUUUAGUAACAUGGUCCUUUCUAAUCUCUCUCCUGAGGCAUUCAGCCACAGCUACCCAGGAGCUUCUGGUUGGUCUCACAAUCCUGCUGGGGGUCCAGGACCUCACUGGGGUCAUCCCAUGGGUGGCCCACCACAAGCUUGGGGCCAUCCAAUGCAAGGUGGACCCCAGCCAUGGGGUCACCCCUCAGGGCCAGUGCAAGGGGUACCUCGAGGUAGCAGUAUAGGAGUCCGCAAUAGCCCCCAGGCUCUGAGGCGGACAGCUUCUGGGGGACGGACGGAGCAGGGCAUGAGCAGAAGCACGAGUGUCACUUCACAAAUAUCCAAUGGGUCACACAUGUCUUAUACAUAACUUAAUAAUUGAAAGUGGCAAUUCCGCUGGAGCUCUCUGCCAAAAGAAACUGCCUACAAACAUCAUCACAGCAGCCUCCUCACUUGGGUACUACAGUGUGGAUGCUGAGUGCGUAAUGGCAUAUUUUAAUUCAUUUUUGUAAAGCGUACUGUUUUGUGUUUACUAAUUGGGAUGUCAUAGUAUUUGGCUGCCGGGUUUGAUUUUUUUUUUUUAACUUCUGGGGAAAUUUUGAAAAGGGGAAUUGAUAUUAAAUAUUUCACGCAUGUAGUAAAAUGAAAUUGGCUAUAUAGAGGGGAUAUUUUCUGAAUACUGCAAAAAUAAAAUGCAGCAAAAGUGGCUUGAAUCAUCACUUUAGGGUAUCAUAUCCUAAGAAGUUUGUGAGAAAAUCUAAAGCUGUCCUCCAUAUUCAAAAUUUUUAUGAGCCAAUGACAGCAGGCAGCAUAUGCUGAAACAAGUUGUUAUUGGGAGUAUACCUGCACCUCCUCACCAAUAUAUUUUCUUUAUUAAAUUGUUCUGACUUCUCAGCCUCAUUUAGAUUGAAAAAGCAGAAAUCCAUGAGUACUAAAGGGUUGUGUUGACCUUUUCAAAUCGUAGAAAACAUCUUAGUUCUUUUUUGAAUGCUUCAUAAGUUUGUCAAUGAUUUUGUCAGGUCAGUUGUGCCUUCUUUGUGUCACAGCAAGUUAGAGUUGCUUAAGGAGAUCACAAGCUGUAUAGGGAUUACGUUAACCAACCUGUGAGCCUUUAAUGGGGAAGACCAGCAGAGUGAGAGGGGUCCCUGAAAGUUUAUAUGAUAAGUAUGUCCAGCAGCAGCAUGAGGAGAUGGUAUAUAUAUCCUGACAUUUGUAGCUUAUACUGUGAUAUUUUAUCCUAGCUAAGCUCUAAAAGUCCCAACUUCCCAAACAAUACUUUUACUUUGUACAGAAACAAAGACAUAAAGCCAAUACAAAUCAAAUGCCAGAGGUAUUUGAAUGAUGCCAUAUUUGCAAACUGCCAUCGAUGGGAAUUUUCAUCACACUACGUAGACAUAAUUUGACUAUCCCCUUUUGGCUUAUGGGAUUUCCUGUUUAGAAGUAGACUAGUCAAUUAUUUAAAUGUUUAGUUGCCAUAGUGAACCAGGAGCCACUGAGCCAAUGACUACCAGCUGCUGACUAAUCCUCAUUACCACUGUAGAUUUUGCUGCAUCUGCAGGUCCUCUGUUUUAUAAUUGCUGUUUUUGUUGCUGCAGUACUUUACAAACUUCUAGUUCAUUGAGACUUAGUGACUAUUUGGAAUCAUGUUAACAUCACACAGUAGGAAACACCACUCCAGAAGUCUCAAGCCUCAGUGCUGAAAUACUACUGAAAAGGAGCUAGUAAGUUUGGCAAAUGAAAAAAAAAAAGUAAAAGUAAGUUAUAGUGGUCAGGGGGAAUCUCUUGACAAAAGCUAACAUUUUUGGGGGGUGGGGCAUGUUUUGUUUUUUUAAAUUUGUUUUGUUUUACAAUGAAGGAUCAACCCAAUGUUGAAAGUCAGAUGUUACUUGGUAUUUCCAUUAUGUAUGUGGAAGUUGAGCUAGAGGUGGGUGGGGAGCUGUGAAUAUGACUUGAAGAAGAAAAAAAUGUCCUCUUUAGUGACAGAUCAGUUUCUUACAAGUUAUUGUCCUAUCCCCUCCCCCUUUGUCUUGAAGAACUCCUGCUGCUAACUCUGGAUCCUGCUUUUCACAUACUCAGAGGGCUCCAAGAUAGAACUCUCCGUGUCCCUCAUAACAACACUCUUUCCCCUACCCAAACUAAUGACCAAAUUGUAAUCUAUUACUUCACUUUCUCAACUAAAUUUUUUACGUUUUCCCUAGGUUCUAUAUGUCAGCCCAGUCUCCAUGAAUCCUCCCCUUUAGGGAUUUCUGACAUUGAUUUGAAGGUAACUAAGAAAAUUAAUGCAUUAAUAUAAAUCCUUUAAAAACCAAGAUCAAAGUGGAGUUCACACAUACUUCUAGUCAGUGUUUCAAGUAGCAUUCUGAUGUAUUGUCCUCUUGGCCAUGCUCCAGAUCACCAGGUUUUAGCUAAAUAUGACAUACAUUUGUCAUAGCUGAUGAAAAGGCUUUUAGUGUUUUUUUAUUUCCAUUCAACUAUUAUACAGUAUUUCAGUGAGAAAUCUACCUACUUGGAGGAGAAUUAUAAGAGCUUUAGAAAGUAAUGAAGUAUCCAGAAAUGCAAUAAAUUUUUUUUGUUGUUGUUUUGGGGGUUUUUUUGGUACCAGGGAUCGAACUUGGGUCCUUGCGCUUGCGCAGCAGGCAGUGAAACCACUGAGUUAAAUCCCCAGCCCCGCAAUAGAUUUUUAAUACCUUUAAAAACAUUCUUCAGAGAUCUGGCUGCCCCCCCCCCCCCCGAGAGGUGGAAUAAGGAAUCAGAUAUUUGCUUACAAAACCUCUUGCACACUCAAAGGUACUACCAGUGAUACAUUUUAAAAUCCAUUUGUGAGCUUCAGUUAGGCUAAUUGAAUUAUUGAAUUCAUUCGCAUCAAAUAUACUUAAAAAGCAUGAUUGAAUACUGACUCCAAAGGUCUGUCCAGUUAGGCUUUGUAUCUAAUUUGUGUGCCAACUAGUUUUACAUAUAGGUUAUGAUUAUACCUGGAUUAUAUCAUUAAUUUUAAUCAAAAUAUAUAUAGUUUGCAAAAAUGAUUUAAAUUAAUUGGUUUUUGUGUUUGUGGGAUGUUAACUUCUGACGAAUCUCAUACAUGAUAGGAAUCAUAGAAUAAAACUAGUAGCAGGAAAAUUUGAAGGGUUUUAAGAUACCCUGAAGAAAGAGCAAGCACUUUCUGAACCUGUAUGCAAAUGUCAAAAUUUGAUCAAACUAACACUACCUCCUCCCUAGUGUUGGUGUCCACUCAUUAUAUAUAUAUGUGCUUAAGAAAAUUAAAAGCAUGGGAAAUUUGUGUAGCAUAUCAGAAAUUGUAACUGUUAUAUCUGGUAUCCAGAGCCUGGCAGUGAAAAGUUUCUUGUGUUUGCCCAUGUCCUUUUUUUUGAUCUAGCAUUUUAAAAAUGCAAAGCCUCAUAUGUUGAAACAUUUUUAUUCCUAAUUAGAUUUUCUUCCCUUUGCACAUUUUUCUUCUUUUUAAAAGUCAGUUCUAACCCCAAAUUAGAGUAUCUGAAAGCAUUUUCACUAUAUAGAUAAUGUUAGUUUAGCAAUGUGUUUAUAUUAUCUUUAUCAGAGCUGACAUUCUUUUUAGUCAUUUUUAUACAUAGAGAUGAAUGGUCCUGCAAGUGAAGUCACACCCACAGGUGUAAUCGACUUAAGUAAUUUGAACUUAGCAUAGUAAUGAUUUUCAGCUGCCUAGACAAAGGUACACACCAUUCAAAACACUAAAGACUCCUGGACACUCCCAUUUCUACCAGUUUUUUUUUUCUCAAACCCUGCCCCUCUUUUCCAAAAUUGAAAUUUCUAUCACUUUUUCAGACCAUAAGGUAGACUUUAGUAACUUUCUGCUUUUGUAAGUACUAAACGUCUGGCAUUUUAAACUUUUAUAAAAAUACAUUGUGUUGGACACUGGAAUAAUACUAUUUAUUUUCACCUGUGAAAAUGACUUCAUUGUACUUGAAACACCUCCUUUGCAAUUCUCCAUUUGUGCCAUUCACUAGUGGAAAUAAAUUGUAUUAUACCAUGAUCUACUGGCUUUUUUAAAGUGUGUUAAAUAUGCACAUUUUUGGUGUAGCUAUUAUCAUUUGUAUGUAUAUAUUGUAUAUACAUAUGAGUGUAUGUGUGUGUAUAGAUGGAUGGAUGUAACUCAUACUGUACAUUUCCAUCAGGGCACUUAAGGUUCUGUUGUUUUUGUUUGGUUUUAUUUCAGUCCUCAGUAAAGGCAAGAAUGCAGGUGUUUUUUAAAGAAUGAGUACUCUGGGUUGAUAUUUAUGAGAGGGUGAUCAUUAGAUCUUUUCCUUUUUAAUCUCUCUUAGCACUUGUGUGAGUGGAGAGAAAAGUAAAAAAAAAUAUGGAACCAUAAGUUGCAGUGCAGUAAAAUAGUGCUAGGGAAAAAGCCAGUUAGUGUUUCUGUGAACUUUGUGUUGUGAUGCAACAAAAGAUGAGUGAUGACAAAGAGAAAUGAAUUGUGGAAAGAACACUGGUGGUUAUUUCCUCUGCAAAGAUGAUAAAAAGAACCAAUAAAUCACACAAUCUUUAUAUAUUUUCUGUAUUUCUUAGUAGUGAUGCCAUUGAUCCUCUUUUUUAUUCCAUUAAUACUAUUAAUUAUAUAUUUUGCUGAGGAUCUAAACAGCCAAGAAAGGAAUUACAACUAACGCAUUGAAGGUUCUGAACAAUCAAUAGGAAAUGGCUCCUGAGAGUGGAUUAAGGUAUUGGUGUGAAGGGCUUUCUGCUUUUAGCUGCCUCUUCUUGCUUGGUAAUAGUAAGUUCUUUGUGCACCUUCCAUCCCUUCUGAGCCACUACUAUUCAAGCAGAGAUUUGGCCCAACACAGCAACCUUGUCCUUGGAAAUUUAUAUUGUUCUGCAUUUUGUCCCAUGCUGAAAAUGUGAAGUAUCCUAGUGUGUAUUCAAGUCAGAAAAUAAUAUAUUUAAGAUGUUUAAAGUGAAUCUCCUGUAGUGGUGGAUGAAGAAAUUCUCAUUUCUUAGAGCUUUCUCUAAGCAGCAAAACUAAAACUUGGGCUGUCAUCUUUGAGCUGCAUACCCAAAUACAGAUCACUAUUCAUUAUUGAAGGGAAACAAAUUCUCUAUUUUGUUUUCCCCUAACAUGAUAGCAUUUCUACCCAGAUUGUAGUGUUGCCUUUUAAAAUGCACUCAUUCAUAGUUGUUAAGAACUGGAAAUUUCCCAUCCUCAGAUUCCUUAAAGGAAGAGUGUGCUGUACAUGUAGCAUACUUGCCUCUUAUGUAUGCAAGGACUACUGAUCGAAGUCUGUUUUGCUGUGUCUGGUUAUGUUGUCUGCACUUUUAUGAAAUUGCUACAGUAGAUCUACAUUGGAAAUCAUUUAAUUUGUAAGGAAGUUUUAAUUAAACACUGUCUAGAAAAAGAAAGUGAAGCUGAGAACUCUUCCUUUAUUGUCAUAUUUUCUACUGAAUUCUGAUACCAUCCGUUAAAGUCGUAUUGACUAAUUUUUUCCUCCUUAUAUUCAGAUUUCAAGAAUUUUAUUCAUACAAAGGAAGAGAAUCCAUUUGGCCUGAUGGUAGUCUUCAGAUCAUAAUACAUGAAUUAGUAGCACCUUAUCUGCCUAUCGUGGGCUUCUUAAACUUGCACUUCCCACUCACCCAAAGAUUGGUAUUUUUUUUUAAGAAAAUAAAGGCAGAGAAUUAAACCUGGGGAGCCAUGUACUAUGUCACCAUCACUGUUAACUGUUUCCCAGCAAUCCAAACUUUUGAAAUUUCACAGAUUUUUUUUUUUGUGGGGGUGUAUGUGUUUGUUUGAUUGUAUUUUUGUUUGUUUUAUUUUUAAAUAUACAAGGGGUUUUUUAGAGAAAAAGGUUAAUCCUCUCAAACAGCAGGAUGCCCACCAGUAAUCUAAACAUCUGUAGGUAGUUUGCCAUGACAAAGUGGAGAGAAGUGAGUCUUCUUGAAUGAAUGAAAAAGGGUAUCUUGAUGCCCCAGAAUUCCCCUCAAAGUACGGGUAAUUCAACCUGCACAGUUUCCUUUUACUCACAGUUUUUAGCAGUUGUGAGUGAAAAAUCAUGUAAUUAUCUGUAAAUAUGUAGUUAACAAAUUGACCUAGUUUCUGUAUUUUUUUGGUUUUGUACUAAAGUUUAUAGGUCUGUGCCAGCUAGAGAGGAGUUGCUCUCAUUGCCAGUUGUGGUUCUAGCAUCUAACCCUGAAACCAUCCUAGGUGACAUUUUUAGAAUUAAUGCUUAAAUGUUGUUCAACGGGGAAAUGAAGCUUAAUCAUUGGUCAGGUCUGAAAUUUUUUAAGCUAAGUAACUUUAUUUAAUAUAAUGAUUACAAGUCCUCAGUCAUGAGUGAGGUAGGAGCCUCCCUCCCCCAGUGGCCAUGUUUACAGAAGUGUGUUUUGUUUAUAAAGUGCACAAGUGUGUUAUUGUUUAUGUAAAUUAUGCAGGUGAUAACAUUAUGGUUUGGGACUGUUUAUGGGCUCUUUACCUGAGUUUUCAAAUGAAAUGAACUAUGCUUAUUGCUGGCACAUUUAUCCCAUAUCUGGAACAUUUGUCUAAUUCCAGAAUUAUAUAUGUUCCUUAAACAUUACCCCCAUUUAACCUCCCUAUCUCUGAUAUGCCUUGUAGGCAAGGUAUUAAAGACUGGUGAACAUAGAUGAGGGAAAUGCAUUUCUUAAAAAUCCAUGAACCCUCAAUUGUAUGCUUUCAGUACUUGUGUUACAUGUUUCUAUGGCUACUUUGAAGUCAGUGGUUUAGAAAUGAGAUACCAAUGUUAAUGAAAAGUGUGUACUCUUUGCUUUUGCAUGGCUUGGCUUAGUAUCCAAGGUAUAUUAGAGCCACUUGAAAGCAUGAAGACCAGUUAUAUGGGAACAGGUUUCUCUCGGUGGCACAUUUUACUUUUCCUUAACACUCAAAUACGUUGUCUAAGCAUGAACAUUAUUACUAUAAAUUGCACAUGGUCAUAGAAUGAAUUAUGUAAUUUAAAAGGAUACAGCUGCCUAUUGUUUGCAGUUUCUGACUGGUCUGUGUGACCAUUUGGCACAUAAUCAAAAAAACCCUGAGGGGUGUUAGAACCCUUCUUAACCCUUUUUUGGGGGUCAUAAACCGGUGUGUUUAGUUUACCAAGAUGUUGGCUGCCUCUGGUGGAUUGCCAGAGAAGCUGUCUUUUGGUGCCCAUUCCAAAUGUGCUAUUGUGCUUCCUCGCAUUUCAUACUAUCAAAGAAACCACCACCCCUUCUUCCUAACAGCAUUUUUUGCCUUUUACUUCACAUUAAAUGGGAAUUGUGCCUACUUAGAGUAUCCCUGCAAUUAAUUACAUGUGUCCCAAAAUUAUCCAAGCUAGAGACACAGGGAAGAAAACAUGUUUAAAAACAAAAAGUUACUUGAGGCCAGUUAUUUGACAAGGUAUUUUAGCACAUUAUCUUGACACUAUAUAAUGAGGCUAUUAGGAGUUCCAAGUGGUUUCAUAGAGUAAAAUCAAAGUGAAGAGGGAUGUGUGGGGUUUCUAUUAGGAGAUAAUUUUGUUCUUAUUUACCUUUCCUUUUAUGAUCCUUCUCUGCUAGUUUAGACAGGUUAAUUCUCCAAAUUUUUUUUAACUUUUUAGGAAAAUUUUUACAAAAGUAAUGGUCUGAUGUAAAUAACAUUUUAAAGUAUAGCGCACAUAACUUCCCCAGACUGUUCCAACCUGAUCAUUUGUAAAUGCUUUAGAGUUUUUUAAAUUAACACCUGUGUUGCUAAAUCUUAUUUAUGUAAGUCUGCUAAAGUUUUUAACCCACUUAAGAUUUAAACAUUUAAAUAAUGGAUGGGUUACUAUAAGCAAUUUAGCUUCCAGAACCCCCUUGUUUUAGUACAUGAAAAAGCCUAAUGCUCAUUAAUGAGGUUGGAGAGACUAUGAGAAAUAUGUAUAGUGUAUAUUUUAAAACAGCUUUGCUUGUAUUGUGAAGAUUUAAAAACAAACUUGAGAUUUUUAACGUAACUAUUAACACAGUUUUAACAUAAGUUAUCCCACUGGGUUUAAGAGCAUCUUGAAUGUAUAAUCCUUUUUGUAACCCAGGUUGGUUUCUGCUUUUACCAGUCAUCCAAACAUUAUUUAUAUUUUUAGUUUUAAGUACUCAUUUUCCUUUGUUAUCCUCAAACAGCAUGAUUUAUUUUGCACAUGUAGAAAUUUUUAAAAGGAAAAAAAUUAAUACGUCAUUUAUCUGGUUCUUCACUUCUCUUUCCUACUAACUACUUCUUUAAAGGCCAUAUCACUCCAUUUGCAUUAUUUCUGCAAAUGCCAGGGUUGGUUUUUAUUUUUAUUUUUGCUAUUUACCUUUAAAAAAAGAAAAUGCUUCAGUCAAUUGCUUUUUUAUUUAAAAAAGAAAAAGAAAAAAGAAAAGAAAAAAGCUGUAACCUUAUCAUUUCUGAGUAGACCAUUGAGAGAUGAAUGCACACCUGUCAUAGCCCAGGACCAGCUUUGGUAGCUGAAGGGAAUAUUUUAACUAAGCAAGAUGUUCUUUUCUGAAAGUGGUAUAUAUUAUCCACAAUCUGUUUCAGUUAUUCCCAUGAAUCAGGGGUCCAGAUAAAAUGAAGGUUAUCAGCUAACUGAUAUGUUAUCAUUGAGGUUCAUCAAUGAAUUUGUACAUUUCUAGUUCCCUUUGGUGAAGGGAAAAAUGAUUUUGCAAGACCUAGAUUUUGGCUUGGUUUCUUGCCUCCUUUUUUGGCAGCCUUCAUCUUCUCAUCUUCCAAAGCACUUGAGCCUGUAGGGUUUUCAUAGUGGACGAAGGACUUGUGGUCUUUUAAAGCUGGGACUGAUUUGUGUGUGUAUGUGUGUGUGUGAGAGAGAUUAUCAUGUUGAAAGUGUGGUAGUGUUCUACCACUUUACUGGUGACUAAUUUUAAACAUACACAGUCCUUUCAAUUUUUGGACCAAACACGCCCACGGUGGAGGCUUAUCAAGGGUUGCAAUGGGAAAGAAGCCUCGCCCUCACUGUCAGCACCAGCUGGUAAAGGUGACUGUACAGAUGUGCAUUUUCCUUUUGGUAGUAAUGGUCCACAGCACUAACUGGUAAGGCUUAUUGUACAGUAUAUUGUCAGUAUUCUUCUGGUUCAGCAUACCUUAUAGUUCAUAUAUAACCUGUAUUAAUUGUAUAGAUUGUGCAUUUAAAGCUGUUACCAAGUUGUCAGAACAUAAGAGCGAAAACAAGGUCAUAUGUAAUAUUUUGUUUGUAAGUAUCCUUUGUAUCAUAGCAAAGGAAAUGUUUAAAAAAAUCAACUGUAAUAAAGUAAUUUUAGUACACA